AUGCCUCCGCCUCCGCCGGAUCGGAGGGAGUUCCUCUACAGGGACGGGCGCAGGCACGACGCGGCCGCCGGGGACCCACUCCUGCCGGCGCCCCCCGCCACGCCGCGCUGGAGGGACUCCCCGUACCACCCACCACCGCCGCCGCCGCCGCCCCUGCGCGACCACGCCCGGCCCUCGCCUCGCAGGACCGCGUCUUCGGCCUCCUCAGAGGGCUAUUACAGGCAGGGCGCCGGCACCUAUGACCGCUCCUACCCCGACGAGCCGCUGGGCUACACGCCCUCGCGCUCCGACCGCUACUGGCUGGAGGAAGACCCUCCCACCGGCUAUAAGGGUUUCAGCCGCUAUGGUGGCGGCGGCGGCCGGAGGGACGGCCGUGACUUGCGGGGAUCCUACCGGAGGUCUCCGUUUAGGAGCUACGGGGGCGACUUCCCAAGGGGCCACCAGGAGCCCCCGCCUCCCCCACCGUCGAGGAGGUCUCCUCUGAGGUCAGUUGCUGUGCCGAUCUGUUACGACCCUCCCAGUGAUAGGGCUGACAGGGAGGAUAGAGAACACCAACCCCGUGCGACUCCUUGGCGGCCCCUGCGCCGGAGGGAGAGCAGAUCUGACGGUGCAGACGCAGCUGGCGCUGGACCUUUGUCAGCUCGUCAGAGCGCUACUGCAGGGGCGGCUUCAGAGAAGAACGCCCCAUCGCAGUCUGCGGCUGUGGCAGAUUCACAGUCGGCUGAGGAGGAGACACCCAGGAAGAAGCCCCGGCUUGGAUGGGGGCAAGGCUUGGCCAAAUAUGAGAAGCAGAAGGUGCCUGGUUCUUCAGAAUCUGCUGAACCUGUUGCUGAAGGGAGCCCAGACGGCGUUGAACAGAAGGAAGUUGUAGGCGCACCUGCACCUGCACUUUGUGCAUCUCCAGUGGCCGCACCAUCAUCUCCACCAGCUGCACCUGCACUUUGUGCAUCUCCAGUGGCGGCACCGGCGUUACCAUCAUUUGCACCUCCAUCUAGUUCUCCUGCUGCAGUGCCUGAAGAUAAAUCCUGUGAACUGACGGCAAAUACAGUCACAAUGUCCAGUAAAGAUAUCCCUGGGGCGGAGGUCCAGGCUUACAACGAUGAAAUCCCCAUUAAGUUAGGUCAACUUGAUGGUGAUCGCAUUGGCUCCCUUGCCAACGUCCUUGCUGAACUACUUCAACAUGAAGAUUCUUGUUCUGGGGAUUCGAGAAGACUGACAAAUAGUAGUAAGUUAUUGCUACUGAAAGAAAACAUAGCCAGGGAGCUUGAGAAGACUGAGCUUGAGAUUGAUUCAUUGGAAUGUGAACUUAAAUCAGUGAGUACUGAAUCAGAAAACAAGGCUCUUGAAGAUGCAGAAAAUCCUUCACCUUCUAGUGGGACAUCAAAAAUUCUAGCCAAGCCUGCGACAUCAAAAGUUCUAGCCAAGCCUGAGACAUCAAAAGUUCUAGCCAAGCCUGAAAUCUGUGGAACAUCAUCUUCCCCUAAAGAACAAGGGGUGCUCACUCCUUGCAAGCUUCCUGUGGAGCAGGAAGCUGAUGCUAACGGUGUAGACUUGAUGGAUGUUGUGACAGCUCCUGUUCGCAGUGUAACUGCAGUCUCAUCCGGAGAGAGUGUUGCAUGUCCUGGAGUUGUUGCUGAAGCUGAGGUUGCUGUAGCUGCAGAUGUGGCCCCAUUGAAGCCUUCUGAAGGAACUGGGUCUCAAAUUGAUGCCCACUGUCCGAGGCAGGAGCCUAGUUUGUCCCAUGAUAAUGUUAGUUCCAUGAAAGCAGAUGGCAGCAAUGCCUUAUCAACCAGGCAGUGCUCACACCGUAUCGACAGCCGUAAUUUAAUCCCUUCAAUUAUUGCUGUGAACAAUGAUAUAGCAAAAGAAUUUAAUGAACUGGUUUUCAAACCUUUGCCUGCUGGUCAACCAUGUCUUGGUUUAUCUAGUCAAAUGAAGAAUGACCUGAGUGUCAGAAAGAAGCUUGGCAUACAUAAAAAUAGACUAAGAUUCAAAGAGCAAGCACUUACCUUCAAGUUCAAGGUGCUGCGACACCUGUGGAAAGAGGAUGUGCGGCUCCUCUCUGUAAGAAAGCAGCGCCCAAAGUCUAAUAAACGCACUGAUCAGAGCAACCGUGCAUCACAGAGUGGAUCUCAGAGGCAACGCUCGUCUAUUCGCUCUCGAUUGGGCAUGCCUGCUGGUAAUCUGAGUACGUUUCCUACCACAGAAAUAUCAGAUGUUGCAAACAAGAUGUUUACAGAAUUUCAGUUUAAGCGCUGCAGAAAUUACUUGAAAAUGCCAGCAUUAAUUAUAGAUGAAAAAGAGAAAGAAAGUGCUAGCUUUGUCAGCAAGAAUGGUUUGAUUGAGGAUCCUGUUUCAGUUGAGAAGGAGCGGUCAGUGAUAAAUCCAUGGACUCAUGAAGAGAAGGAAGUUUUUAUGCAGAUGCUUGCUUCAUUUGGCAAGAAUUUCUCUAAAAUCUCCAAUUUUCUACAGCACAAGACAACGGCUGAUUGUGUUGAGUUCUACUACAAGCACCAUAAAUCUGACAGUUUCCGAGAAGUUAAGAAACUUCUGGAUCUUCGGCAGCAACAACCCACCGGCAAUUACCUAGGAACAAAAUCUGGAAAGAAAUGGAAUCCUGAGAAUGCUGCAUCUCUUGAUAUGCUUGGAAAUGCUGCAUCAGUCGUGGCUGCCCAUGGUCUUGAUUAUGCAAACAGAGUGGAGAGAGAUACUGAAAAGUCUAUCAUUCGGACUUCUUGCAAGUCUGAUGUUUCGGCUGUGGCCAAAGGAUCUUUGGAUAAGGAUGGCAUUGCUAAUGUAUCUCUGCACGAGAGGGAAUCUGUAGCUGCUGAUGUCUUGGCAGGCAUAUGUGGAACUCUCUCCCCUGAAGGAAUGGGCUCAUGCAUUACCAGUUCCGCUGAUCAUGGCCAAAAGAUAGGUGCCACAAGAAUGGAGUAUCUUAUAGCAACUCCAGAGGCAGACAAGAGCUUUGAUGAGGAAGACGAUCUCUCAGACCAGGAAUGCGAAGUUGAUUCAGUUGAUUGGAACGACAAUGAGAAGUCACUGUUCAUUGAGGCUCUGAAUAACCAUGGGAAGGAUUUUGCUCGAAUUUCUUCAUAUGUGAAGAGCAAGUCAUAUGAGCAGUGCAAGGUAUUUUUCAGCAAGGCUCGCAUUUCACUUGGUUUGGAUUUGAUCUAUCAGCAGACUACCGAUACCGGUUUGCCGACAGGUGAUGCCAGUGGAGGUAGGAGUGAUACUGACGAGGCAUGUGCUGCUGAGAUGGAUUCUCCUAUUUGUAGCACACAGUCUCCUGUGGAAAUGGAGAUGGAAGUUUGUCCUUCUGCUGAUAAAACCCUUCAGGGGCAUCUUCUAUCUGGCAUCACCUUUAAACAGUCAGAAACUGAUAGAUCAGAUGGGCCAGAAAUUGUGGACCUAACAAUUGAGGAAGGUGAGAUCAAGGCAGAUGAUACUAACAAUUGUAACAUUCCUGUUGAUCAUAGACAGUCAAGUGAAGCCACUCAUCAAUCAACACCUUCAUGUGCUCCUAUCGAUAUCAAUUCUUCUGAGAGCACAGGGAGUAUGGAGAACAGAGAGCACAGUAACCAAGUGAGUGUGCAUGGCAAUGGAGCCAUGGCCUCUUCAACUGAGCAGCCUGUGGGAGCACACCUGGAAAUCAGCUCCAGUCUGCACAUUGUUGAAGUUAUUGAGCCGAGCAAGGCGUCUGAAAAGAUUUGCAUUCAGGUAUCCAGCAGGGAACAUGCUCCCGAGAGUGGUGCACCCAUCAGCGCUGGAAAUUUAACCACCCCGGUUUUCUUACCUGGAGUCAUCCAGUCGAGCAAUGUGUAUGAAGGGAUUUGCACCAAGGAAUCCAGUGUGGAAGGACCUUCGCAACAAGCACCCUUGAGUGCACACAUGAAGGCUGGAAAUUUGACCCUCUCUGUUUGCUUACCUGGGGAACACUGUAGUAAGGUAUCCAGUAACGAAGGACCUUCAAAACAUGCACCUGAGAGUGCACACGUGAAAGCUGGAAAUUCAACUCCCUCUGUUUGCUUACCUGGAGAAAGUGGCAGCAAGGAAAAUGUCGCCCAUUUCUCGGACAUGGCCGGUGUUUCCUGUAUCAGGCCUGCAUUUACUUUGAGUUAUCAGCAAAGCGUGCCAACAGAUCUGCUCCCAGCAAAGCCAAAAUCACAGGUCACCCCUCUUACUCCAAAGGAUUUGAUGCCUGUUCAGUUUAGUUCUGACCUUCCUGAUCCUACCUCAAUUCGUUUUGAGGGCAUAGCCUCCAUAACUUCACCAAAUUUUGGUGAUCAUGCCAACAGAGUCAGCAAUACUCCAGGGCCCAAGGAUAUGAGCAAAUUCCCAGUAUUUAAUGAACAAUCUCGGAGCCAGCAUGAUGUUCUGUUCCGCAAUAUUGAUGGAUACUUGCAGCACAGACGGAAUCACCAUCUGGCAGUUGAUAUACCCGCUUUUUCUGAUAGCACUGUAAGUGGCAGUGUGGGAAUUUCUCAUCCGGAUCAGUUCACAAUAACCAAAUACCAGAAUGGCAGGUCGGGCAGCUCAGGUCUCUCAAGCACAUCUGCUGGGUUUCUGAUGAAUGGGAGCAGCAAAGAAUUACGGGAAGGUCAGUUGAAGCCCUGUUCCCACAAGGCAAGCACUGAGAGUUGUGAUCAGGUGAAGCGCCCUGGUGAUGUAAAGUUAUUUGGGAAAAUUCUGAGCCAUCAAUCAUCCUUGCAAAGUUCUGGCUCAUCAUCGAAUGUAACUAGAAGCAAGCCUCCCCCGCCAACGACAGCAGCAGGAUUGUUGGGAAGUGGAAUGGAUCGCAUGGUUUAUUCAUCUAGGCCCACAAAUACUGCCCACUUUGGGCAGGACGAGCGAGUGGUGAGGAGCUACACUCACCUGGAUGGGAGCACAGUACAGCCCGAGUCGUCUUUGUUCAGGGUAGCGAAAUGCCAGAGAUCAUCAUUGGCCAGCGUGCCAUUUUACUCGGCUAAAAAUGGCACACUGGGUGUAUUAGCAGAGUACCAGCAGCCUUUGCGGCAGCAGCUUCCAUCAGAUCCGAAGCGGCUGGAAAGCUACGCUGAUCUCCAGAAGAGGAACGGAAUAGAGCUCAUCUCAGGGUUCCAGCAGCAGCAGCCCGGGAAAGCCGCGUGGCUCGGUGGCGCCGGGAUCCUUGUGAGCCCCGUGUCGGACCCGGUGGCGGCCCUCAAGGCGCAGUACGGCUCGAGCUCGAAGUUCCUGGGCAAGGACGCCGACCACCCCUGGAAAGACAUAGGAAACAGGUAG